AACAUUGUCUUUUGAAAGGUUAAUUACAACAAAGCUAGUCAUUAGAUUAAAAUUGUUAUUCGUUGAUCAAUGUUUUUGUUAGUUUUUCAAUCCUAACUAUAUAUGGUUACUUGCUUGCUCUGCUUUCUACACUCCUUUGGUAUUAAUUUUUCCUAUUUUUCUCUUGGUUUUUCAUCACCUUCCUGAACAGAUAUUUUUUAUACACAACCAUCAUUAACAAUCAACUGCAUCAUUUUGGCCCAUCAACUGUCAACAUUACCCUUCAAGAAUAAUGUCUACGUUACCUAAAUGUUUCCUUGAUGUUUCUGCUGGUGGUAAACCCUUAGGAAGAAUUGUGGUUGAGCUUAGAUCAGACGUUGUUCCCAAAACAGUGGACAAUUUUAUUGGUCUUUGUACUCAUCGUCCUGGAUAUGGUUACAAGAAAACCCGAUUUAACCGAGUUAUACCCGGCUUUAUGAUACAAGGAGGAAAAAUAUCCGAAGAUGAAUCAAAACAAUCCAUCUAUGGAGGAAGAUUUGAGGAUGAAAAUUUUGAGCUAAAUCAUGUUGAACCAGGAAUUCUUUCUAUGGCCAACAGAGGACCAAAUACAAAUGGGUCAUCUUUCUUCAUAACAACCUCUGUCACUGAUUGGCUUGAUGGUAAGCAUGUUGUCUUCGGUAAAGUGAUCGAGGGAAUGAAAAUAGUCAAAGCUAUUGAAGCUCUCGGCACAGAGUCUGGGUCUACUGAGGUGGAUAUUGUCAUUGAAGAUUGUGGCCAAUUAAAGUAAAUAAUUUCAAAUAAUAGUCAUGUUUUCUUCGAUUUUAUUUCGGUCGGUUUUAUUUUACUUUUACUUGUCGUCAUCUAACCUUAUAUUGUAUUGAAUUAUUUCAUGGAUUAUUGUUUCUUUUGGUCUUUUAUUUGGUCAAGUCAAAUGUAAUUUUAAGAUUGGCGUACUUGCUUACAGAUAGUUGGUAUUAAAUAAAAUACACUGAUUCA